AUGGCUUUUAGGAAUAAUGCAAAUGACAACACUCCUCAUAUGUAUAAUAGGGGAAAAAAUUCUAUAUUUGUUGGAAAUAUUUCAUAUGAAGUUUCUGAGGAUACAAUAAAAUCCAUUUUUUCACAGGUUGGACCAAUUAUUCAUAUGAAAAUGGUAUAUGAUCGUGAAACAGGUCGUCCUCGUGGGUAUGGUUUUAUUGAGUAUGCUGAUGUUCAGACAGCAGAAACUGCUAUAAGAAAUUUAAACCAAUAUGAUUUGAAUGGUAGAAAAUUGAGAGUUGACUCAGCAGUUCAAGAUAAGGAAGAAGAAGAAGGAAAUGGGGGACAAGAUCAACCUCAACAACAAACACAACCAGUUAAUCAAACUCAGGGACAAUUUAAUUCUCCAUCAACGACAACAAAUGAUAGUCAGGGAAAAACUAAUAUUGCUGAAGAUUCUACAUUUCCAAGUACGGUUGUUGAACCGGGUAAAGAGACAGAACACAUUGCAUCAGUUGUUUCAUCAAUGUCACCAGAAGCUAUAAUAAAGGUUUUAAAAGAUAUGAAAGAAUGUGCUAAAAAUUGCCCAGGAGAAACGAGAAUGUUACUUGCACAUAAUCCACAAUUGGCUUAUGCUUUGUUACAAAUGCAAGUUGCUAUCGGAACAAUAAAUGUUGAGGAGGCUAAAAGUAUGAUUCAUCCUGAUAUCAUAUCAAAACCUUUCCAUAAAAUAGGAAAUGAUGUGAAUAUGGAUGUCGAUCACAAAUUAUAUCAUGAUAAUCGUAAUAUACCUUCUCCUAUGGGUAUGCCAAGUAGAAGACCAAUAUUAGGUCCACCACAAAAUUAUUAUCAGCAACCUUCAUCAAUAAUAGGAAAUUCACAACAGUCAAAUCCUCGUAGACAACCAUUACAACCAUUUCCAGUUACUUCGAUUCCACCUCAACAAUCAUCAAUGUCACCAGAAAGGCAGUCAAAAGAAGAUGAAUUGGAUGCAGAAAGUUUAAUGCAAUUAUUAAAUCUUACAGAUGAACAAAUAGAUGCAUUAAGUCCUGAGGACAAACAAAAAGUGAUAAGGCUUAAAAAUGAACUAAAGAAUAUGUAG